CACACACUUACAGGUUGGGGAAAACAGAGGCAGAAGGAAGAUGGAAAAAAGCUAAUGUUGGUUAAUCCAGACUGUCUCCUGCUUUGGCCAUCCUCAUGAAUCAUAAUUUAAUAAUUAAUUUGUGGACUCAGAACCUGGGAGCGGAGAGAUGAGAGGAGCACCCAUCACUCCGACCCCCGCCUCCUGUUAGCCACAGCCAAAGGGGAAAAGCCUCACUCACUCUCAGAAACACACCGCGGACGGAAAGCAGCAGCAGCAGCCACACAGGGCUAGGCCGCAAGUCAUUAGUUCUUGGUGGGCAAGCAUUGACAAAAGCCUGGAGGGAGAAGCCUCGCAUGAGGAGAGGAGGAGGAAGCACAGGAACUAAGGCGGACAGACUCUCUCUCCCCCCCGUUCUUGUUUUUCUUGUCUGUCCAGAGAGGCAGCAGCAGCACGGAGGAUAUCGUGGUGCUACAACAACAAGAGGGAGCGAGAGAGGGAGCACUUCCCUGUGCUGGAGAUCAACUGGGUGUUUUGGAAGGGAGGUGACCUCCGUCUCCUGCUUCAGAAGCUGGUGGUGCCUUUAAGGACACCCACACCAGAGUGUUGCUGUUGUCGUCGCGGUGUAGACGACAAGUCGAUUUGUUGUGUAUCUGAAAAUGCCGCUGAGAGGAUUACAGCAGUAGAGCGGGCGUGCUGCGUUCACUGCCUCAGCUUCGCUGGAUGGCACGGAGCUGUACAGCGAGGGGGAAAGCUGCGGUCCGUAAACGCAGCACAGACAGCCACACUAGCCGACCGUUCGCUCGUCCUCAGGUCUCCGGACUGAACGCGGUUGACGGGCAGCAUCUCUUCAACCGUUCGGGAGAGAAGGAAACAAGAAGAGGACACCGAUGGACAAAUAGGAGACAGAAAACGGAGGAAACCCCGUCAAACACUCGAUAUUAAAAAGUUGCCACGGUGGAGACUGUUUCCAGGUCAUAGUGGAGUGGGAGGGGACUGAGCUGCUCUUGUUUUUUGUUUCUUACUUUUUUGUUUCAGUAUAAAAAUAAGACUGCGAUAGCACAUUAGACCACAUACGGUGAAGAAGAAGUCAUCUUCUUCCACACUGUCCGCCCAAGACUUUUCAUAUUAUUCGAUAUUUAUGUUACCUUGACGGCAAGCAGAAACCUUGGCUGUCUGUCCCAUUUUUCUCUGCGGUGGUUCGGUAACCAAGCGAUGGCCAUGGUGAGUGGGGGCUGGGGAGAUCCUAACGGGGGCACCAACGGGCUGGGGGACAAGAGCUACCUGAGAGGGGAGGAAGAGGACGGUUCUCCUCAGGCGGGGGGCAGCGACAUGGAGGCCGGGGACGACGACAAGGCGUGCGUGGUGGACUGCGUUGUGUGCGGGGACAAGUCCAGCGGAAAACACUACGGCGUGUUCACAUGUGAGGGCUGCAAGAGCUUCUUCAAGAGGAGCGUCAGACGCAAUCUCAGCUAUACCUGCAGGUCAAACAGAGAAUGUCAGAUUGACCAGCACCACAGAAACCAAUGCCAGUACUGUCGCCUGAAAAAGUGUUUCCGUGUUGGCAUGCGCAAAGAAGCAGUUCAACGCGGACGCAUCCCCCCUCAGGCAAGUCUCAGCCCCUCCAUCACUCCCAUAGGUGGCGCCAGUGUCCUUGGAGGUGGUGAGUUUUACAACAAUGGAGGAAGUGGCGGCGGUCAGCCCGUGUCUGAGCUCAUCUCUCAGCUGCUGCGAGCUGAGCCAUAUCCCAGCAGUCGCUAUGGGCACCAGUACAACCAACAGGCCGGUCCAGAUAAUGCCAUGGGCAUUGAUAAUAUUUGUGAACUGGCUGCCCGCCUACUCUUCAGCAUCGUAGAGUGGGCCAGAAGCAUCCCGUAUUUCCCUGAGCUGCCUGUUUCAGACCAGGUGGCCCUGCUGAGGCUGAGCUGGAGCGAGCUGUUCAUCCUCAAUGCGGCCCAGUCGGCUCUGCCGCUCCACAUGGCUCCUUUACUGGCUGCAGCCGGCUUCCACUCCUCACCCAUGUCUGCUGAGCGUGUGGUUUCCUUCAUGGAUCAGGUGAGGGUGUUCCAGGACCAGGUGGACAAGCUGACCAGGUUGCAGGUGGACUCGGCUGAGUACAGCUGUCUCAAGGCCAUCGCACUGUUCUCGCCAGAUGCUUGUGGUCUGACAGACCCAGUCCACGUGGAGUCUCUGCAAGAGAAGGCUCAGGUGGCUCUGACGGAGUACGAGAGGAUGCAGUACCCCAGUCAGCCGCAGCGCUUCGGCCGCCUGCUCCUGCGUCUCCCUGCCCUGCGCGCCGUUCCCGCCAACCUCAUCUCCCAGCUCUUUUUCAUGCGCCUGGUAGGAAAGACGCCCAUUGAGACGCUGAUCCGUGACAUGCAGCUCUCUGGAAGCUCAAUCAGCUGGCCGUAUGUCCCAGGACAGUAGCUCCCUCUACUGGGAUGGACAUGGUUUUUGUCUGGGAUUAGUGACGACAAGGACCCAUAAAGAGACCUCCUGACGCAUCAUUAUCCAUCUGUGUUGCUUUCAAACUGCAGUGCCAGCUGGCUGUCUCAUGUACUUUACUGUAACUGCUCUACUCCCUCCUCAUGAAACGAGUCCUCUGUCUCCACACGACCUGUCGGAGGAAGACGCACGAGACGAUGCCAGCCUGGAUCUGGUUCUCAGGCCAGAGAACAGUUCUUCAUGCUGGGCUACAAUAUGGCGCUCACUGUCAGACAUGUAACCACCUACAUGCUAUAGUGACGAAAGACAUUGCAGUUUCAUGUAGAGGGCAGAAGCACCCUGCUACAAACUGCCCUGUCACUGGAAGUCAGCUGAGACAUUUUUCCCACACAAGGCUUAUGGGAGAUUGACUGGAGAUUUGUGAUAUAGAAACCUUUUUAUCACACAACAGUAACAUUACAUCUAUGACUAGAACGACCCUAAUUGAACAGUCUAAAGUAGUAGGUGCGCCAUUGACUGGAUAUACAGACACAGUACGAGCCUUUUUGUUGACAAGACAAUUAUGAUUUCACUGCUCUUACCUCAACAGUGGAGGACAAACAAAUGGCUCAAAAGAACGACGAGUGAAAUAAAACCAAGGAAAGUUCACCAAAGUUUCAUCAGAUGAUUUUUUUUUUUUUUAUAUAUAUAUAUAGAAUUAGUACAUAAAGCAGAGAGAUGGAAAUGAACAGACUCUUGUGACUGCCUGACCAUCAAGUCAGCAAUGCAUUUAUUUCAUUCACAAGGCUCUCGGUCGCUGUAGUUUUAGAAGAAUUAAAACGAGAAGAGUGACAGAACGGACAAUUACCUCAAGAGACAUCAGAAUGCUUUAGUCUGAUAUUUCCAAAACACAAACCUCUGUAAACGUCGUUCACCAGAAACCGCCUUCUUUUUAAACUGCCUUGUUAUUCAGUAUGAAUUUGGGACACCUAAUGAAGGAUGAAAUGAGACUUGUGAGUGUUACAAACGUGCUUCAUGUACAUUUUUGAAAAAAAAAAAAAAAAUCCCGAGUAAAUUUCGUCCAUGAUUUGAAUUUUGACUGACGGAAUACGGUGAAUUAAGCUAUUAAACAUUGUUUAGAGCAUUGUUUUCUUUUUCGGGUGCAUAAAUAAACUAUCAAAACAAUUUCAAACACUUCAUUGGUGAUUAGCGUUUAUAUCAAACACAACCAUUGCUGUUUCUAAAGGUAAAAAUUCCCUGAAAAAUAUGUUGAAGUGUGUACAAACACACGCACAAUAAAACCAACUUUUUAUCAUUUUGCAUGUUAAAAUAUUGUUUUGGAUCUCUAUGUUGAGACUUUUCUUCUUUUACAUUAAGUGUUGCUUUCUCUGCUAGUUCCUAAACUUUUUUCCAAUAUGUGUUUCCAUGUAAAGAAAAAAAAAAUAUACCUCUGUCAUCCGUCAAAAUGGAAGCUGAUCUUCAUGCUAUACAGAGUCUCUGCUGUAAUACAUGACAAGACCAUGUUGUAAAGAACAUUUAACGUGUAAAGAACAUUUAACGCCAAAUAACGCUCUGUCUAUGAGUGAGAGAGAAUAUGAGCCUCCUGGUUUGCGGGUCUGUAAGGAUUUACCUCACACAGAUAUUACAAGUGGCAAGUUUACAAAUUCACAGAUUUGUUUGUUUUGUUUCCCCAUAAAUCAACUCUAAAGAGAAAUACGUUCCAGCAUUGACCAAGCAAAUCAAAUGCUUGAACUCAGCUGCUGGAUCGACCACCGGGUCUCUGGAUUUUCCUUUUUUCAGCAACAACUCGCACAAAACUGUCAUCGAGAAGAGAAAUCAUGAGUAUACUAUUGAUGUUUUUUUGUUUUUUUUUAAAAAAUCUUUUGGGUUACUGACUUAAUGUGUAUGGCAACGGUAUUAAAAAUCAAAAGAUACAAGUGUGUCUUUUGCUUUGUUUUUUCAGAUUAUUUGAAAGUGUUGUAGUUACGUACAUAUGUAUGAAGAAUGCAAAAAUAAAAAGAGCAACAUGUUC